AUGGAUGUGGAGGGUUUUGACCCCAGGGAAGUCACUGUAACAGUGAAAGACGGGAAGGUGAAGGUGUCAGCGGAGCAUGAGGAGGAGCGCACCACCGCAAGAGGGAAGGAGUAUACCUACAAAAACAUCAUGAAGGAAAUCAGCCUGCCGCCGGGGGUGAGCGAGGACGAGGUGACCUACUCGCUGGGACCCAACAGCGUUGUGAAGAUCGAAAUGGCACGCAAGUGCUACCCUUGUCUCCUGAGCCGCUGA